CUCAGUACAUUCUCAACCGGCGAUGGAGACACGCGCUACCGCACAUUAAAUAUAUUACGAUAACAUUAAAAUUAAUCAAUUAUAUUUAAACUCAAUGUGUAUUGUGAAUUAAAAAUCCCGCUUUCUUCAUUUUAAAUAAUAUCACGUGUUAGAUUUUGAAAGUCUGAAAAGGCGGGAGUGUAAGCGACGCGUUCGCGUUUAUGCUAAAAAGCCGGCAUUUCGGAAUCGGUGAUUGCUCGGUGGUACUUGUGAAGUUCAGGAUUUUUAGAUUUUGCACGGACAAGUAUCUACAAUAGUGUCGGUGCAUUAGGUGGACACGAUGGUGCAACGAGUAGCCACGGACGAGCGUCCGUUCGAGACCCCUUCUUCAGACGAGAGCGGCCUGGGACGAGACACUCCCACGGAUGAUUCCGAACCUGAGGCAGCUUUGGUUGUUCCUCCCGAUGGCGGUUGGGGCUGGAUGGUGGUAGCGGCUUCGUUCAUGUGCAAUUUUAUCGUCGAUGGAAUAUUGUUCUGUGGAGGAAGUCUUCUUAAACCAAUACAGACGGAAUUCAAUGUAAGCGGUGGUCAGGUGGCUCCAGUGAACUCAUUGCUACAGGGUUUUUACCUCUUAGCGGGACCGUUUGUUUCCGCUUUGGCCAAUAAAUAUGGUUUCCGCGUGGUCACCAUUGUGGGUAGUAUUAUAUCGAGUGUCGCCUUCGCCCUGUCGUAUUUCGCAACGAGUGUUGAAUACUUGUACCUGGUCUAUGGAAUUAUGGGAGGUAUCGGUUUCUGUAUGAUCUACAUGCCGGCUGUGCUGACGGUUGGUUUCUACUUCGAGAGAUGGCGCGCGCUGGCCACAGGCCUGGCUCUGUGCGGCUCCGGUGUGGGGACCCUCAUAUUUGCGCCUCUCACUGCUAUGCUCCUCGAAAAAUAUGGUUGGAGAGGCACUAUUCUUGUUAAUGGAUGUUUCGUUCUGGUGUGCCUGGUCUGCGGGGCCAUGUUCAGACCCAUAAAUCCGGUCAGAGUGACCUUGGCCGAUAAGGACGAGGAGGACGACACUUCCCGUCGCCACGAAGAAGCUGUUGAAAAAUUAAACUCAAUGCUCAAACUGCACAACAAACUAGAUUCCGGUAUAGGAAUGCCAGAAGUGCAAUUCGGUAACAAAGUGAGCCCCCACACGUGGAUGGGCGUAGCCAAUAACACUCGCUAUCCGACCGCCGAAGAAGUUUUUCGAGGAAGCAAUUCACAUUUAACCAGGCGAUCGUCCGCAACCGCGGGAACAAUAAAAAAUCAUAUGUGUAAUAAGCCCCUUUUCAUUGCCGUACCGGUGGCUGAGAAAGACGAACAGGAAGACUCCAAUAGCAACAUUGAUAAUGCUGAGCCAUUGAUCGCUAACUCUGUUAAAGUCAUGACACAGAAUUCACGACCGCGCCGUUCUCACGUCGAUUUAGUCGCCCGGCCAUUUUAUCGUGAUGACAUAUUCUUUGGGGGCAGUUUGGCGAGGUUGCCUCAAUACACGUCACGAACGUCGCUCGGCUAUCACUUGGCCGUAACUCAUGUGCCCACCCAAGUAGAUACUCAAGAAGAACAAUCUGGAAAAUGCAAACUUUGCCCAGAAGCCGUCCGAAGGGCGUUGGCUACUUUGCUAGACGUCAGUUUGUUCAGAUCGCUGACUUUUAACAUUUUAGCGAUUAGUGGAUUCUUUACGAUGUUGGGUUUCUUCGUCCCGUAUAUGUACGUAGCUCAGAGAGCGAAAGAUAAUGGCAUAGAUAAAGAUACUAGUAUUUUGUUAGUGUCGGCUAUUGGAAUUGCCAAUAUAGUGGGACGUGUUGCUUGUGGAUUGGUGUCAUCGAUGCCGAAGGUGUCUCCUCUGUGGCUGAACAACAUCGCUCUCUCUGCCGGAGGGAUCGCGACGAUGAUUAGCGGCCUGUACUACCACGACGCCUAUCAAUUUGCAUACUGUGCCAUCUUUGGACUCGCUGUUGCUUGCUUCGCGUCUCUACGGUCGAUCCUGGUGGUGGAAUACAUUGGACUCGAACAACUGACCAAUUGUUUCGGAUUAUUCUUGCUGUUCCAAGGUUUGGGAGCUGUGCUGGGCGCCCCCAUUGCUGGUGCUCUCAUGGACAUGACUCAAAGCUACGAAAUCGCGUUCUACGUGUCCGGUGGCUUUUUGCUCUUCUCGGCUGUCAUUUGUUACCCGAUUGACUACAUUAGCAGAUGGGAAAAAUCAAGAAACAAACUAGCGUCCAGCCCAAAAGUCUGAAACAAUCGAAAUUAUACUCUGAUUUUAUAACUUCAGAGAAUUAUGAGUGCUUGAAGUUAUGUCCGUUUUAGGACGUUUUGAUGAAUAAGUACGUGUUAGCAUUUUCUUCAUCCGCGCACUGCCUAAAUCUUUCCGCGAUUCUAUUGAAUCUAGAUUUUAGAUUUAAGUGUCCAAACUUGGCAUUUGCCGAAUGUCAUUUUGCCAAAUUGAAUCCUUCCAUAUCGAAUUACCUACCUACCGUUGUGUGGAGUGUACAACUUGUAACUAAUGUAAUCUAUUUGUUAUAUAAAAAUUGAAAUUGUACUUACCAAUGAGACGCGCUGGUCGCGACGGUAACAUAUCGUUGUAUAUUUAAAUAGAUAAGACAGAGUUGAUACUCAGCUGCCAAAUUAUUUGUAAGAAUUUAUUCAGGUCACCAUUUGUACUUAAUCGAAACAUCACGAUCAAGAAGCCGACACCUAUAAACUUAAAUAAAAUUUACAAACGGCAGACUACAUAUUUUGUGAAUUGGUGAAUAAUUGAGAAUCUAUUGUUAUCUAGUGGAAUAAAUGUGAUAAUAUUAUAUCCUAUUUUUGAUACCUAUUCAUAAAUCAUAAACCAUAAAAAAUUGAGGAACAAAUGAGGAACAAUAACAUUUAACGGAGUAUCAAAAACUUUACAGAAUCAUACCUAUGUUAUGUAUGUUAAUGUUAUGUAACGAAUUAUUUUGAAUCAUAAAAUUUUGGUAACAUAAAAAAAUACUAAGCGGUCGAUAUGGUAAGAAAUUUUAUUUGUGAUAAUUCUGUUAUGUUUUGAAAAUGCAUUUAAAUUAGGUUUUAGUUUUAGUUUAAAAAGUACAAAGACUCGAAAUAAUAUAAAAUUAACAUUUGAUUGCUAUGUUUUGUAGCUUUAUAAUGAACUAGAUACUUUUAUGCUAAUCAUAUAACAUCAGGGUGAAUAAAAAUUGACUAGUGUGUGAAAAUAGCUAAUAAAGCUUAAUUGUAUGCUCCUGACUUCUUAGGUAUAGUAUGCUCCAUAAAGUAAAAAAAAAUAUUACCUACCUAGGUACUUCACAAUUAAAAAUAACCUAAGUCAAUCUCAACAACAUAUCAACUAGUUCUGAGUUUGACACCGUUUAUCUUUGUGUAAUUAGUAGAUAUGUCGUGGCCAUAUCGUAGAUUUGCUCAUUUCAUGAAAUGGCUAACAUAGUUUGAUCAGAUCGUUGAAUCGUCAACGUUUCACGAUUUGGUCAUCGACAU